AUGUCCUUCUAUGGCAAUGUCUGGAAUGCUUGGCUUAACCUAGAGAGCGCUUUAAUAAAACAUUAUUCCAGCCCUAUGCCUAUCUUAAUCUCGAACUAUCACGCCCAGAAUACGCCUAAAACACACUUUAAUUCGAUCCCUAUGAAACAAUCAGCUCUCAGUCAAAGCGUGAUAGUCAAGGCUCUUCGGGGCCAGACACUGCGAAUUCCAAAUCUCCACAAUCUAUUCCGAUCAUGGCCUGAACAUCAACCCAAACUGAACCGCCAUCAUGAGCACGUUAAACCGCUAGUCGAUCAAGCGGUCGAUCGCAUGGCACUAAAAUACCCACUCAUCAUGCGUCGCAAGAAAGACGAUAUUGCCAAGUUCGCCUGCUUGUGGUAUCCCCAGGCCCGUAAGCGGGAGAUGGAGGCACUGGCGCUCUUCUCGACGUGGCUGGUGUGCUGGGAUGACGCUGUCGAUGCUAACGAGGGCGAUCUGGCGGGUGAUUUCGCAAGCGCGGAGCGCUGGAGACGGCAGACUUUGGGCACGGUUCGUGAGGCUUUGGCCAUUGACGGAAUGUGUGCACGUGGAUCAGACGAUGAUCCGAUUAACGACGUAUUUCGAGAUUUUGGCUCGAGGAUCUGCGAGACGGUGUCGAAGGAUCAGCGGCGGGUCUUACAUGAUGAGAUACAGCUAUUUACUGCUAGCUGCGCGGCUGAGCAGGAAUUGCGUCUGGCUGGUCGCGUGCCGGACUACGAGUCGUAUAUGAAGCUUAGGAUCGGCACCGUUGGCGGCAGGAUGCUUUGCAGUCUUGUCCCGUAUGCUGCGCAGGAGAGACGACCGCAAGCAGUUCUUUCGAGCCCUGAGGUGCAUCAGCUAUGGACACAAGUAUGUGUUCUGCUGAGUUUGUCGAACGAUGUGUUAUCGUUGAAGAAGGAGUUGCAGACAGGUUGUGUCAUUAAUGCUGUUGCUGCCAUCAUGGAACCAAGCAUGACGUUGGAUAUGGUGGUUGCUGAGUUGGAAGCAAGAAUGAGAAUGGCAGUCAAGGACUUUGACGAUGCUGCGAGAAAAUUGAUCGAAGAUACAGAAGGGGAUGGGGAAUUGCGGCCUCUUGUCGAGAAACACGUCGAGGGAUGUCGCUCCAUCGUCACUGGUACUCUGGAGCUUACGUUGUAUACCCCCGGAAGAUCCAUGCUGGGCACCUACUAA